AUGCAGACCUUUCUAUUUCACCUCACAACUGAAUGUGCUGUUUUAAUUAUUAACAGUGAAAACAUGCCAGAACAGCCCAACGACUAUCGAGUUGCAGUGUUUGGCGCGAGCGGAGUGGGGAAAAGCUCGCUUGUUCUUCGUUUCGUAAAGGACACAUUCAGGGAGGCCUACGUUCCUACGAUAGAAGACACCUUUCGCCAAGUCAUUAGCUGUAAUAAGCAGGUAUGCACCCUGCAGAUCACAGACACCACAGGCAGCCACCAAUUUCCAGCAAUGCAACGUCUUAGCAUCUCUAAAGGUCACGCCUUCAUGCUGAUCUACUCCAUAACCAGUCGUGCUUCCCUCGAUGAGCUAGAGCCCAUCUACGAGGAGCUGUUGCGGAUCAAGGGUGCCGCAGACAUGCAAGUGAUCCCCAUCAUGCUGGUAGGCAACAAAUCAGACGAGGCCGAGGACUCACGUGAAGUCUCCACAGCGGAGGGUGAGGCGUUGGCUCGAAAAUGGAAGUGCGGUUUUAUGGAGACCUCAGCAAAGGAAAAUGUUAACGUGAAAGAAGUCUUCCAAGAGUUGCUUCGCAUGGAAACGCGGCAGAACAUGACUCUCGUUGGCGACACCACGGAUUCUAAGGGCUUCCUAUCGUGUUUUCGUUUCCUACGAUGCAACAGCAACCGAAGACGGGAUCGUGGUGGCAAAGGCGAAACUGAGGCCAUUUCAGCUGCCCAAAGCAGCUGA